AUGACGGAUAGACUAACACAACUACAGAUAUGUUUAGAUCAAAUGACGGAGCAAUUCUGUGCCACUUUAAAUUACAUAGAUAAAAAUCAUAGUUUUGAACCGUUGGCUGCAAAUGAACCUCAAAUGUCCGACAAGCAUGCCACAGUAGCACCUCCCGAAGAGUUCAGCAAUACCAUCGAUGAGCUAUCCACAGAUAUAAUCCUGAAAACAAGGCAAAUAAAUAAACUUAUCGAUUCGCUACCUGGUGUAGACGUUUCAGCUGAAGAGCAAUUGAAGAAGAUUAACAUGCUACAGAAAAAGUUAGUUGAGGUGGAAGAUGAAAAAAUUGAGGCAAUCAAGAAGAAAGAAACACUCCUACGUAACGUUGAUUCUUUGAUUGAAGACUUUGUAGACGGAAUUGCAAACUCAAAGAAAAGUACAUAA